CUCCUGGGGGAUCUGGUUGAGGGGGAGAGAGAGAGAGAGGGACGGCGGCCAUUACCCGCGUCCGAGGGAGCCGGGCGGUGGGCCUCCCUCGCGUUGCCAUGGCGACGGGUGCGGCCUAGUGCUGCAGCCCCGCGGCCGGAGGGAGAUGUCUCUGGUGGCCUACGCCAGCAGCGAGGAGGACGAGGCCGAGGACAGCGAGGAGGCCGAGGAGGAGGAGGAGGCAGACGAGGAAGAGGAGCCCGAGGGAGGCCUGGGCGCAGCGGGAGGCCCGAGCAAAGGCCUCUUCUCGGCCCUGCCGCCGCCCAAGGGCUCCCGGCCUCUCCCGCCCUCGCCCCCGCCUCCUCCCUCGGAGCCGGGCCUCCCCUCCAGGCCCAGGAAGAGGACGCAGCCCGUCCGCAUCGCCGCGCCUCAGCUGGGCUCCGGGGACUCAGAUUCAGAGGAAGAUGAACCGGCUAAAAAGCAGCCCACCUCCCAGGGCCGUGGUGAGGGCUCCGGCUUGUCUGCUCUGCUUCCACAGCCCAAAAACCUGACAGUCAAGGAGACCAACCGGCCACUCUUGCCCUACGUCUUCUCUAGGAAAGCGGCUGAGAAAUCCGCAGAAGAAGCCAAGGGCUCGGCCUCAACAGUGGCCCCCUCCAAGCCCAAGCCCAAACCCUCACUCCAGACGGCCGCCUCAGCCAUCACCACUACGCCCUCCCCUUCGGCCAUCAAGGCGGCCGCCAAAAGCGCCACCCUCCAGGUGACCAAGCAGAUCACCCAGGAGGAGAAUGAGAGUGAUGAAGAGGUGGCCCCUGAGAACUACUUUUCCUUGCCUGAGCGGAGGGAGCCACCUGCCCCCCUGGGCCCUGAACCCUUCCUUUUCACGGCUACAGUAGUCCCAGAUGACCUUCCUCCUGGAACCGAACCUGAGGACCAGGAUGUCUCGACAGCUGCCAACGCUCCAUUGGAGUUCAAGACGGCGUCAGGUUCAAGCGCUGCUUCCCAUGGCUGGGCACCCAAGCCGGGCGAAGAGUACGGCGGUCAGCCUUACUCACCUUACCCCGGCUACAGUGAGGGUUUCUAUGGGAGUGGCUACUACCAGGAGACCGACCCUGCGCCAGGGCCGCAGCAGGAGGCUGGCGGCGACACUGCUUCUGCUACCACUGCUACUUCUUCCUCCUCCUCCUUCAUGGAUGAUGAAGCGUUCAAGCGCCUGCAAGGCAAACGCAACCGUGGGCGGGAGGAGAUCAACUUUGUGGAGAUCAAGGGAGACGACCAGCUGAGCGGCGCCCAGCAAUGGCUGACCAAGUCCCUGACAGAGGAGCAAAACAUGAAAUCCUUCAGCAAGAAAAAAGGAGAGCAGCCCACAGGACAGCAGCGGCGGAAGCACCAGAUCACAUACCUGAUUCACCAGGCAAAAGAACGGGAGCUGGAGCUGAAGAACACAUGGGCGGAAAACAAGCUGAGCAGGCGGCAGACGCAGGCCAAGUAUGGCUUUUAGAACCUCUCCUCCUGGCUUGUGCCGGCCGGCCAGGGAGCCAGGCCGUAGCCUCUGACACUCCUGCGCAGCGGGUGACCAGAGAGGAUGAUCGCAGAGGCACUCAGGGGCCGGCUACCAGCUUGCUUACAUCCUGAAGGCGCAGCUCAGCUCUGGUAUCUUGGCAGAGCUCCUCCAGAGCAGGAGGAUAGGUGGAUCCUCCCUAAGGUCUGGAACCUUCAGCCACAGGACCCACAGGAUGGAUGGCUUUCCCUUCUGACCUCUCUCUCUUUCCUUUCCGGUUGCCAUCGGGAUAUGGAGACUGGCCUGUUGGCCUCCUUUCCUGGAAGAGUGUGCCAGUUGAGAGGAGUGAGGUGGUUGCUUCCUGGGCCUCUUGCUUGUGGGUGGGGGGGGGGGGCGGAAUGGGUCUGAGAACCCUUUGUGUGGCCUGGCUGAGAACUCUCCCUCUUCCUGGGGCGUGUUGGUGUGGAUUUGCGUUCCAGGCCCCAGCUUCCCAUCUCCGCUUUGUGGAUUAGGGACAGCAGCUCUAUCCCCGUUCCUGCUUGAGAACCGUUCCCAAAGCAGCCCUGCCCUCUGUUCCUAAGCGAGAGUGGUUCCGAGUGCCACAGGAGGUGGCUGUGUGUCCCAUCCCCGUCCACGAGCCAUAAAGACACAGCACUUUGCUACCCUUGUUUGCCUGCGGGGCUGGGGGAGUCAUGGCACCAUCAGACUUGAGCCCAGCGUCCCACCCCUCCAAGCAGAAGCCAGCUCCACUAAUGGGAAGGGCUGUGUGGUGACCUCUCCAACCCCAGAUUGGAGCCCCUCUGGAAAAUAUGCAUUCUUUGCCCCCAUCCCAGAUUUCCUAUCUGAAAACGAGUGGGACGAGUGAGUUCCUAUCCCCACUCUUCAUCACAGCCCCCCGGCUCUCUUGCGUGCUCUCCCUCUUGGGUUGCCUCGUUCUUUGUUCUCGUUGUCACCGCCAUCAUCCGGAUUGCAGCCCGUCUCCAUUUCCAAAGAGGCGUCGUCUUCGCUGCAAGAGUCGUUGAACAAAUUGUAUUUUUACUCAAGGAAAAUUCUAGUUUAUUUCCCUGGACUCUUUAGUACUUAGGAAAACUCUCUUUUUUUCCCCCUCUCCUUUUGAAUAUUCCAGAAUAAAACUUCUCGUUCAGAAA